CGCCCCUCCCUUUCCAGAACCCCCGGUUCCUUAGAAACGAGGCAGCGUGUUCCCGGUGGCGGCGAGCUGGACCUCGGUCCCCGCACAUCCCCCCAGCCUCCCUCAAGGCAGACCGGUGGCCCCCGAGACCCGUGCGGACCCAUGGUCUCCUGUGCGGCGCGGGGUGGGCGAUGCCAGCGUGCCAGGAGCCAUGUUUGACCAUGCCUGCAGGGAUCUCGGACCCAUGCUGGAGGCACUUGUGAGGAGAUGAGUUGGUGAGCAGAGGCCGGGAUGAAGAUGCUGCCAGGAGUAGGUGUGUUUGGGACUGGCAGUUCCGCCCGGGUCCUGGUCCCGCUGCUGAGGGCAGAAGGGUUCACUGUGGAGGCUCUGUGGGGGAAGACUGAGGAGGAGGCAAAGCAGCUGGCCGAGGAGAUGAACAUCACCUUCUACACCAGCCGGACCGACGACGUCUUGCUGCAUCAAGAUGUGGACCUGGUGUGCAUCAACAUCCCGCCACCACUCACACGGCAGAUAUCCGUGAAGGCACUAGGUAUUGGCAAGAAUGUGGUUUGCGAGAAGGCGGCAACAUCGGUGGACGCCUUCCGGAUGGUGACCGCCUCGCGCUACUACCCGCAGCUGAUGAGCCUGGUGGGGAAUGUGCUGCGCUUCCUGCCUGCCUUCGUGCGCAUGAAGCAGCUGAUUGCCGAACACUACGUGGGCGCGGUGAUGAUCUGUGAUGCCCGCAUCUACUCGGGCAGCCUGCUCAGCCCCAGCUACGGCUGGAUCUGUGACGAGCUCAUGGGUGGCGGGGGCCUACACACCAUGGGCACCUACAUCGUGGACCUGCUGACACACCUGACUGGCCGGAGAGCUGAGAAGGUGCACGGGCUGCUCAAGACCUUCGUGAGGCAGAACGCUGCCAUCCGUGGCAUCCGGCACGUCACCAGCGACGACUUCUGUUUCUUCCAGAUGCUCAUGGGCGGGGGUGUGUGCAGCACGGUGACACUCAACUUCAACAUGCCGGGCGCCUUUGUGCACGAGGUCAUGGUGGUGGGCUCGGCAGGGCGCCUUGUCGCCCGGGGAGCUGACCUGUACGGGCAGAAGAACUCCGCCAUGCAGGAGGAACUGCUCCUCAGGGACUCGCUGUCCGUGGGGGCGGGGCUGCCGGAGCAGGGGCCCCAGGACGUCCCACUGCUCUACCUGAAGGGAAUGGUCUACAUGGUGCAGGCCUUGCGCCAGUCCUUCCAGGGGCAGGGGGACCGCCGCACCUGGGACCACACCCCUGUCUCCAUGGCGGCCUCGUUUGAGGAUGGGCUGUACAUGCAGAGUGUGGUGGAUGCCAUCAAAAGGUCGAGCCGCUCCGGGGAGUGGGAAACUGUGGAGGUGCUGACUGAGGAGCCUGAUGCCAACCAGAACCUGUGCGAGGCGCUGCAGCGGAAUAACCUAUGAGCCAGCGUGUGGGCUCCCUGCCCCCGGAACUGUGACAGGGAGCGGGGCUGGAGCAGACUGUUGCACCGAGUGAGUCAGCUUAGGCCAGGGUUGGGUGAAGCCAAAGGGUGGCCCUGGAAAACCACCCUCGCUGGCUGCUUACUCACUCCUCAGACUUGCAGGGUGGCGAGGGCGAGGGCGCCCUGCUCAGGGCUGGCACCAUGUGUGUGGCCUGGAGCCGCCACCAGGCCUCUCUGUGGUUAUCCCAGUGAGUGCAGCCAGCACGAGCCUGCCUUGUGGGCUCCUCUGCCUGAUUUGUGGUCCUAACAGGCUGAGAAAGUGCAGCACGGAGCCCGCAGGGCUGCCCCUUGAGGCCUGAGAAGUGACAAGAAGCCUGCGGCCAGGCCCUUCUCAAGCCGGGCAUCUCGGGCCGGUGAGGGCAACAAGUCGCGGCUCAGGGAGCCUCCCCCGUGGCCCGGCCCCUCCGCCAGGCCGGGCUUUCCUUCCCUGGUGGGAGGGGGUCUUUAUUAGGUGAGCUUUCAGGAGCCUGUUGACCUAGGGAAGCUGGCCUCUGGGCAGAGAGGAGACAAGGCAGAGUCUAGAACAUCCGACAGUCAAUAAACCAGAAAAUACGGCCUCCUGGCGUGUGGGGUGGUUCUUUCCAGUGGCUGGGUUUCUUCGCUAAUUAAAGUCUUGUUUAUUACCGUAGAUUGUUUUCUUUCC